AUGCUGAAGUUAGCGUUGUUACUGGCGCUCGGCGCCAUUUGCGCCGUCGAGGGCGCGAAAUUGACCGGAACUCGCACCGCCGACAUGGACUUCCUGCACAAGCAGAAGAAGAUCUACGAUCUGCUUCUCUACGUUCGCCAGAACGACCUAAUCGAUGCUGAAUGGUACGACAUUGGCAGGAACUAUAACAUGGAGAGCAACAUGGACAUGUACAAAGACAAGGAUGUCGUGCAAAAGUUCCUUUGGUGGUACAAGCAGGGCAUGUUCAUGUCCCGUAGCGCCAUUUUCACCCCGUACAACGACGAACUAUUAUACGAAAUGCGGAUGUUGUUCGAAGUCAUGUACAACGCGAAAGACUUCCAAACCUUCUACAAAACUGCUAGUUGGGCCCGAAUUUACAUGAACGACGGCAUGUUCACCUCAGCCUUCACGGUCGCCGUUUUCUCUAGAAACGACUGCAAAAACAUAAGACUGCCGGCGAUCUAUGAGAUCUAUCCUAAUCUCUUCUUCGACUCGAGAGUCAUCCAAGAAGCUCAGUACCUGAAGAUGUCUCGAGGCUCUGGUGGUGCCGCCGGAAUGGGCAAUGUUGAAACGUACAUGAUCUCCACGAACUACUCCGGCAGAUACAUGUCGUCCAACGAUGCAGAGUACAAACUCGACUAUUUCAUGGAAGACAUCGGUUUGAACACGUACUACUAUUACAUGCGGCAAAUGUUCCCCUUCUGGUUGAGCAGCAGCAAAUACAACAUCCCCAAGGAGUUGCGUGGACAGCUCUACUACUUCCUCCAUCAACAACUGAUGGCCAGGUACUCCCUCGAACGCAUGUCGAACGAUCUUGACGAGAUAGAGGAGUUCGACUGGAACAAGCCCAUCUAUCCUGGAUACUACUCGACGUUGAUGUAUCCCAAUGGCAUACCUCUUCCACAGAGAAACAGACACUCGUGGAUCCCGUAUUACAAAUACAAGUAUCUCAAGGAAAUCAACGCACUGGAGAUGCGCAUAAUGGACGCCAUCGACUCCGGCUACAUGAUUGACGAGCGUCGCAAGAAGAUAGACAUCUAUACUCCGGAAGGUUUUAACAUGCUUGGAAAUGUGAUCGAAGGUAACGGCGACUCUUGCAACAGCAGAUUCUACGGUAUGUACGAUGCGUUGGCGCGCGACAUCCUCGGCUUCAACUUCGAUUAUCAGAACAAGAACAAUAUGAUCCCGAGCGCCCUUCAAUGCUACUGCACCAGUAUGAGGGAUCCGGCGUUCUACAUGCUUUACAACAGAAUCAUGGGUUACUUCCUCAGAUACAAGAAAUUGCAACCACAGUACACUGAAAGCGAGCUGCAACUGCCCGGAGUUAAAUUCGAGUCUGUGAAUAUCGACAAAUUGUACACUUACUUCGACUCCUGCGACACCCUGAUCAACAACGCCAUAACUGUGGAGAACAUGAAGAGUGGAAUGUCUCUUCGACUAAAGGCACGUCGUACUUGUCUCAACUAUCAACCGUUUAGCUACAAGAUGGCCAUCAACAGCGACAAGGAUAUGCAGGGUAUGCUCAGAAUCUAUCUUGGACCAGCCUUCGACAACGUCAAGCAGGACAUGGUCUAUCUACAGAAAUACUACAACUACUUCGUGGAAAUGGACCGAUUCGUCGUAACACUCCGUCCUGGAAGCAACAACAUCGAGCGUCACAGCUCAGAGUCUAUCUUCACGAUGCCAGACAUGAUGCCCAGCGACAUGUUAUACGAGAGAAUGAACAAAGCGAUCAGCGGAAGCGAGCCACUUAUGUACCCCGAGGGAAUGUUCGGUUUAUCCGAACGUCUCACUCUGCCACGUGGUAAACCGGAAGGUAUGAAGUUCAAGAUGUUCUUCUUCCUGAGCCCACUCGAGGAGAACAACAUGAAGAUAUACGAGCUGCCGAUGCUUGGCAAGGUGAUGUUCGACGAUAAACCGUUUGGAUUCCCCCUGGAUAGACCUAUGUGGGCAUGGAACUACACCAUUCCGAAUAUGUACUUCAAGGAUGUGCUCAUUUACAACCGCGAGAACGAGAAAGAAAGAAUGAGCUACUGA